AUGAGUGACGUCCGUGACUUCUGCGCGAACAAAUCUGGCGUGAAUUUCUCAGGGCCUCUUUCGGGAAAUGUGUUCGCUAAUUACGCUGAUGCCGACCUUCAAGUCCGUCAAUCUGUCCUUGAUACAACGGCGAGCUUCGCGGAGUCUGAUUGCUUGGAUUACAUGCUCUACAUCCUGUGGCAAUGUCCAUCAAGCGGCGGCCAAGCUCCGGGCGGUACUUACACGUCCGAUGGCCUGACAUGGACCAUCACCUUAAGACCAUCUUCAAAGAGAAAUAUCGAUGCUUCUACCACGACCGCCAUUGAGGUUCGGCAGGCCGAUGUGGGGCCCUUUCUCCGCUGCACUGCUCCUGGACAGACUUCCCACGCCGACAUCGAGGAUUAUGUUCGGGAGUUCUGUUCCACUCAUGCCAGCAACCCCUUCGUGUAUCUGACACAGGAUACUCACCAACAUGGCUCUGUUGGCGUGUAUGAGUGGGGCUGUGCUUUCGGCAAGACGGUCACUUUCGCCGAGCAGACCUGCAUUGACAACAUGCUGCGCAUUCUGCAGAACUGCCCCGCUAGUGGCGAUUUAACCCCACGAGGUGAAUAUGUAACCCAGUCAGAUUGCUUGAGCUGGGUCAUCACCGCAGCAGAUAACCUCCUUGAUCCUGGAGCCGGAGACAAGAUCGAAUCGGCCAAGCUGUCGAAGCGCUCAUCAGUGACCUGCGACUCCUCAACCAGCUCUGAGACGUAUGGGAUUCUGGAGGACCACGCAAUCACAUUUUGUGAAGCUUUUGAUGGCAAGCCAGUCGCGCAGACAGAUGCUGCCGUCUACCUUGGCACCAAAUACGAUUACGGCUAUGCAGUCAACCACUGUCCUUCGAAUAGUGCCAACAGUACCAAGCAAAGUGUCAAUCAGGCCAUCUGCGUCGACAACAUGCUAGCCAUCCUGGACAACUGCCAUGGUCAAGACUCAACAAAGGCAUUCGGCGGCACUUAUACCGAUGAGUUCUAUUGUAUCAAGUACACCAUCAAGAUCAUACCGACAAUCAACAGCCGUGAGAGCAACCUCAUAUCCAGACGCCACCCUACAAGCUACGCUGCCCAUCAAUUUGAUGCUGGUGAUGUUGUGGGCGGGAGUCUUGAUAGGCGCAACAUUCCGGUAUGCCAUCACGACAAGCCAUGUCAAUCAUGGAAUCACGUUCUGUACAAUGUGUUCACUUUCUGUCUAGAGCACGAGUAUGAGCCUAUUGUUGAUAAUGUUACUUACCAUACCGAUAACGGAACAUAUGGUGUUGCGACGUGGGGCGACACAAGCCCACUAUUGACCAUCGACUCCUGUUAUACAGGUUUCAUGAACAUCAUGGCCGCCUGUGGGGUUCCAGGCCAGGAUGUCCACGGCGGUGGCUACAUAUCAGCACAGAGUAAUCUGAUCUUUGAGUACGAUCUUGAUGCGCAGAUCAAAGCUCGUCGCAGCGACCCCGAGCGUUGUGAUCACGGCCUGGCAGCUCCAACGACGGCCCUGACCAACAUCGCCACGACCUUCUGCGACAAGUAUGCCAGUGGCACCGUCUCUGGAGAGCAGGUCCUGUCGGAGACAUUUCCAUUGGUCGGCAGGAUGCUUGCGACUUUCAAGCGCUCUUCCUCAUGCACCUAUACGAAACAUUAUGACAUCCCUCACGACUUCUGCACCUCUGCCUUGAACGAGCUUCUUCGACAAUGCUCCUCUGGUCAGAGCUCUACAGGCGGCUCCGUCGAGUUGGGAAACUGCCUCUCGUACGAGAUCACUAUCCACGACAACAUUAUCGAUCAUCCUACAGCUCCGCAAGCACGUCAAGCGGACCAAAUCAAGUGUGGAGAGAAUCCUUGCGUGGCGUCUAGCGUGGCAGUCCAGAACGCGACAGACUCCUUUUGUCAUACUUUCAACGGCUGGACUCUCAAGCGAAACAAUACCAUCUCUGCGCAAGUGACAGUCUCUCCGGUAGCAGAGGAUGGCUCGUGCUUGAAGGCCGGCAUUAGCAUUACCAAUUCAUGCUUCGAGUUCUUCACUUGGUACAAGCCUUGUGAAGCCGGCUUCGAUGAUAUCAUGGAUGACUGCGACAAUGGCAACACUGAGACCUCGGGUGGCACGGUCACUGCUGGUGACAAUGGCUGCGUAAAGUACAAACUGGAGGUGUACACGGCGGAGGAUGGUUGCUGA